CUUUACUGAGUCCCGGAAUACUGAACACGGCGGAAGACUGAAACCGCCACACCUGGUCAUGUUCAUCGGUAUAAUACCUUUUUCUUAUAAUGGCAUCACCCAAACACGGAAAUAAAACACAGGUGAUGAUUUGAUAAUGUGACUGGGUUUCUAAAAAAUCACACCGAACAUAAACUUACAUCACUUAAGCAUAGCUACAGCCCCGACCUCCGAAUCAGUGAAGCGUCGAACCUGCAUGUAGAUUAUACAUUUACCAAAUCUGCAGUGCUGAAUAGACAGUGACAUUUUAGUCACUGCGAUCUGGUGAAAAUCGGGCGAUAAUUGUGACCAUGAUGGAGCAUAAACUGGGAUUAGCAGUCCUGUUCACAUCGUUUUUUCUCUGGCUCUACUUCGACACCGCGUCAGCACAGCGUACAGGGAGCCUGUCUGUGUAUACGAUAUCAUCUUUCCAAAACCCAGACAUCAACACCAACAAACUGAAUCAUAUUCUUCUUCAUAGCCAAUCGGGUAGUGUGUACGUUGGGGCGGUUAACGCAAUGUACCGGCUCAACAACGACUUGGAACAUCAGAGUUAUGCAAGUACAACGCCCACUUGCGAAGAUGAACGGAAUUGUGUAAACCACAAUGAAAUACUCAUUGUUGAACCGUUGAGGAAUGCACUGAUUACUUGUGGGAGCUACACUGGGCGAUGUCAGCUGAGACAUAUCGAGGAAUUGACGGUUACCGCUGAUAUUGAUAACUAUGUAGCAUCAAAUGAAGACAAGACAACAAUUGGUAUCUUGGCACCGGGACCUGGGAAUACGGACUGGUUGUAUGUUGCUGCUACUUUUAGAAGUACUUCUCCUAAAUUCAUUAUUCCUCCAGUAUCAAGGAGAACUUUGAGGCUGGAAGUACCAGAUGCACUACUACUGUUAGCAAGAAAAGACGAUGAUACAGUCAAUUUCAAUAUCCGCUAUCGGAGUGACCCUUUUGACAUUACUUAUGUGCAUGGUUUUUCAUUAAAUGGCUUCGUUUAUUAUGUCACUCAUCAAAACGGCUUGUCCAAAGUGGUACGGGUUUGUCACCAGGCUGACAGGCCAGUGUCACACCGUCCAAACUUGGAUGCCUACACGGAGAUUACCAUACAAUGUGGCCGAGGAUCGAGUGUGUUUCCCUUAGCCCAAGCAUCUCAUGUGGGACCAGCAGGACCCAACAUCGCUACGUCAUUGGGAAUUGACUCAAGUGACUUGAUGCUGUAUGCAGUCUUCACCAAGGAUGACAGCUCGGCUCUCUGUAUGUUCAGUAUGAGCGACAUAGAGGGUGCAUUUCUUACCGCUGUUGGUAACUGCGUUAGGGGGACUGGGGGAGUCAGCGUCAGCUAUCUGGAUAUGGAAAUAGAUGUAGUUCCAUAGUAAGUUCCAGAAUGUUGUCGAGCGGGGCACAUUUCUUAUUAAAUGUUGA